GCCACACAGAAAUAACACUUGGACCUGUUCACAGUGGUGUACAAACUGAGUCUUUCAAAGGCUUACAGACACAGAGGAGCAGGUCAUCACAGAAAUGAAGCCUCUUCAGAUACUUAGACCAGCUUGUGUGACAUUAUGGAGACCAAACAGACAUGUUUCCUGUUUACUUGGGCUGAUCACCUUUUUGGGCUGUGUGGCGUCCUUCAACAUCAACCCAAUGACAACAGGCAUGUACUCUGCCUUUUCCGCCACACGUAGUAGCAGCAUAUUGGGUGGCACUCAACGGGCUGUGACCUUUGACCGCCUUCUAGUCAACAUCGGUGAAGACUUCAAUCCAGAGAUGGGCACUUUCCGUUGCCGCCUGCCUGGCGCGUACUACUUCUCAUUCACAGUGGGAAAGUUCCCAAAGAAGAUGCUGUCCGUCAUGCUGGUGAAGAACGGGUUGGAGGUGCAGGCCAUGGCAUAUGACGGAUACCAGAACCAGGUCCGCAAGGUUCAGAGCCAGAGCGUGAUGAUCAGUCUGAAACCUAUGGAUACAGUCUACCUGCUGCUUCAGGAGAAUCCACAAUAUGCCAUAUACAGCAACGUGGGACCGUACAUCACAUUUAGCGGUUAUCUCGUCUACCCAGACUCUACAUCCUCUGUUGGAUAUCUCAAUAACCACCUGUCGCCUCCAGGCCUCCAUCUUCCAGGUUGUCCUCCCCCUUUAGAUGCUCAUUAUGACUGGAGAAGAAAAAGAACAAGUGAGGAGCCACGUUCUGCGUUUUCAGUGGCAAGAACCACAUCAGCGCUGGGAGAAAGCAAAGCACGUCGUGAAAGAGAACCUCUCACGUUUGACGUGGAGUAUGUGAACAUAGGUGGCCAUUUUAAUAAAACUUCAGGACGUUUUACUUGCCACUUCCCUGGUGCGUAUUACUUUGCGUUCACUGUAGGAAAGCACCCUCGGCGUGCGGUUUCAGUGAAGCUGAUGACGGGCAAAGGGGAGGUGCGGGCCAUGGUGUUCAACGAGGACAUGUCACGGCGGAGAGAGAUGCAGAGUCAGAGUUUGCUGUUGUCACUAAAAAGAGGAGACACCGUCUGGCUGUACAGUCAGCAGGAUGACGGAUAUGCCGUUUACAGCAACCAGGGAAGAUAUACGACCUUCUCUGGUUUCCUGGUCUACCCUGAUGAAGAAUCCAUGAACUUAGACAGAACUUUCCCUUGAGAACCAAAGCCAGCAACAGUAGAGAUUAAUUGAUAGUUAUGCCUUCAAUCGUUUGUUUUUGUACCUUUUAACAUAGUACUAUUGUUAUGUGCUUCUACGCAUCAUAAUCAUUAUGUAAAUAAAUAUUGUAUAAUUUUUGGGGGGGUAAAACUUCAUUAAUGACUAAACAAGCAACAGGACUUUUCACACUU